UCGAGCUCAACAAAAUUAACUUUUAGACUUUGCAAUUCUAUAACCAACACAUGUCAAAGCACUAAUUAUUGCUCUGCUGAAUUUUUUAUUUGGAAUCUCAGAGUAUUCCUCUCUUUAAUUCCUUUACAAAUGCCUUUAACACCACCAUUACAGAAAGCUAUCAGUAUAGUAAAUUAAUCACAAAGAAAGACCAUACAUAUAUAUUGCAUUUUCUUGCAUACACACAUUUUAAAACAUUCCUCCAAAAGUAAAAGAAGAAAGAACAAGUUAUUAUUACACUUUAGUUCUGCAAAAGCAUUUUCUUAAAUUUUAUGCCGUGAUUGUUUGUGUAAUUCUUCUGAACUGUUUUACUAUAAAACUCACAUGUCUGAAGAGAACAGUUUUUGCACUUAAAACUUUUCUUCAGGUAACAUUGCUUUGCUUAGCAGGCAAUAAUGCAUUCCUUGGAAAUGCCUUUUCUAAGUCUACCAAUAGAAUAAUAAAUCUGUUUUUCCCACGCUACUUUUAACGCAUUACCUUUAAUUUAAUAUAGAACACACCAUGCAAUGAUAAACGAAAAUGGGAGACUUUGGUUGAAACCCAAUAGCUAAUAAUAUGCAUAGUGCUUAGUUUUCUGUUCUUUUGACCAAUUUAAAGUUGAUGAGAACCAGAUCAUACAAGGUCCAAAAUAGACCGCGCAUGGCUUUCUAUAUAUUAAGCUGGAGGAGUAGUGUCCACUCACAAAACCACAGCUUCAAGUUAAACUUGACCUAGCAAUAAUGGCUUUGAAUUCACGUAGCAACGUGGUUUUCUUCUCUGUUUUCUUUUCUCUACUUGCCAUAGCCUCUUCUCAGCUUUCUUCAGAUUUCUAUGCAACAUCAUGCCCCACUGCUCUCUCCACCAUCAAAUCUGCAGUGAAAACUGCUGUUUCCAAAGAGCGUCGCAUGGGAGCAUCCUUGCUUCGUCUUCAUUUCCAUGACUGCUUUGUUAAUGGAUGUGAUGCAUCAGUUCUUCUAGAUGACACUUCAAGCUUCACGGGAGAGAAGUCAGCUGCUGCAAACGUGAAUUCUCUAAGAGGUUUUGAUGUAAUCGACGACAUCAAAAGUCAGUUGGAAAGUGCUUGUCCAGGAAUUGUUUCCUGUGCAGAUAUUCUUGCAGUUGCUGCUCGUGAUUCUGUCGUAGCAUUGGGUGGUUCAUCAUGGACUGUUGGCUUAGGCAGAAGAGAUUCAACCACUGCAAGUAAAGAUGCUGCCACCACAGAUAUUCCAUCCCCUCAAUUGGAUCUGAGUGAUCUCAUAACAGCUUUUUCAAAUAAGGGGUUUACCACCAAAGAGAUGGUAGUUCUGUCAGGAGCUCAUACAACAGGGCAAGCGAAAUGCCAGUUCUUCCGGGGUAGGAUUUAUAAUGAAAGCAACAUUGAUUCAGAUUUUGCAACAUCAACACAGUCAAAUUGCCCUAGCACUGAUGGUGACAGCAACCUGUCCCCACUUGAUGUGACCACCAAUGUGUUAUUUGACAAUGCUUAUUUCAAGAAUCUGGUGAACAAGAAAGGGCUUCUGCAUUCUGAUCAGCAACUCUUCAGUGGUGGUUCCACCGAUUCUCAGGUCACUACCUACAGCACAAGCUCUUCAGCUUUCUAUGCAGACUUUUCUAGUGCCAUGGUCAAAAUGGGAAACCUCAGUCCUUUAACAGGAACCAGUGGCCAAAUCCGUACAAAUUGCCGCCUAGUUAACUGAAAAUGCAGAAAAUUUGAUGAGCAUAAAUUGAGCAAAGCUCGCUAGAGAAUUAUGCUCAUUCAGUCACAAUCUUUAUGUGUUAUGGCUUUUGUUUUAGGUGUGUGCGAGUUUUGUUAAUGAUCAAAGAAUCUGAAUGUGUGUUUCAAGUUUACUUUUAGUUGUAGUUCUCCAUCAAUUGAAUACUUUAAAUAAAGAGUGUUAUAUAUAU